GAACCAAGAGCAUUAUGGAACCUGCAGAGGAAAAGUUAAUUCAUUUUAAUGUUGGUGGCUGGUAUUUCUCAAUUCCCAAAAGUAAAGUCUCUAAGUUUCCUGAAUCUCUGUUGUGGAAAGAAGCUUCUGUACAAGAUCAGUCUGAAAAUCUGAGAUUAUUUAUUGACCAAGAUGGUUUUGUAUUUAGGCACCUUCAUUAUUACAUGCAGACUUGAAAAUUAUCUUUUUUCAGCUAUACUGAAUGGAACUUAUUAUACAAGCAAGCAUUAAUUUUGCAGCUGACACCUUUAUUGCAGAUUCUAGAUAAUUGGAAGGAGCAGAAAUAUCAUUCGCAUGUCCAGCCUGCAGAUACACCAGUAGCUGAAAGAACAUCUCUGAAUUCCUGGAGAACACGAAAAUGCACCAGCAAGCCAUCAGAGAUUCCUUCAAGCAGGCCAGCAUCCACAGGCUUACAUGAAAGUGCUCCCCUAGGGCUGGUGGAUACACCUUUACUAGAUACAGAAGAAGAAAUGAAUUACUGUUUUUUGCCACUAGAUUUGGUGGCAAAAUAUCCUGUCCUAGUUAAUGACGACAAUUUGCUGUGGCUGCUUCAGAAUGCAGCCCUGGUUGAAUGCAGGUGCAGUGAGUUCCGCUUCAUAGUUAAUUUUCUACGCUCAGAGAAGAUGUUGUUGCCGGAUGACUUCUCCAGCAUGGAUGCCUUGGAGGAAGAAGUUUUAAUUCUGGGAAUUCCUGAGCUUAUAGAUGCUUUGAAAAUCUACAGAGGCAGCUGCUCUGUGGUGUCCCUGGCCGUGGCAGGGGCUGGGGGGCAGUGGAAGGUGUCCCCGCUCUAUGCCAUGGCGCUGGGGCUGCUGGCCAACUACCCAGAUUCGGCUCUGGGACAGCUCCGCGUGGGCAGCAACCUUGGUAGGAGCCACCUGCACCUCUCUGGUGAUGGCAUCCUCUUCCAGCAUGUCAAGAAUUGGCUGGGAACUUGCCGACUUCCUCUCACUGACAAUAUUUCCGAAAUCCAAGAGCUCUGUGCUUAUUUAGACCAAAGGGACACCACUUAUGAGCCAAUGAAAGAUGCUUUAAAACGUUAG